GGCAGAAUUUCUCUUGCACAUUGAGAAGUUUUAGACACAAAGAUAUAAUCUACAAACCUGCAGUCAGCUUGGAUAUAUCCAGAUCUUUAUUAUCUUUGUACAAUAUACUUCUAUCUCGUCACUAUGAACAACACUGAUCAGACCCAUGCAAGUCUAAACAAGUCCAAAAUGUCUACAGAACGAGAAUUUAAGAUAGUAACUUCGAGAAAGAGACGUUGCGUACUAGUAGCAUUAGUCGUAGGUCCAGAAAAAGAAGUGUUCGCAGUCUCUCAAGACCGCCUCGUCAAGUCUAUUGGAUACUUCCAAAUAGCCUUUCUCCAAGGACGCUUCGAAGAGGGCAUAGAAAGGGAAAUAUAUUUAGAAGAUGAGAAAACCGGAGCCAUUAAGUUAUUGGUUGCAUGGCUUCAAAGAUCCAAGGUAAACCUCGACCUCAUCAGCGAGACAUAUAGGAAUUUCUGGGAACUCCGAAUCAGCGCAGACAAAUGGUGUUCUGAAAAGCUUGCAAACGAUGUUUCCGACAUGAUUCUAGCUCUCAGAGGAUCGAUGAUCCCCUUCGAACACCGAGAUGCAUGGAAACUUUCCGAUGACGACAUCUCUGCCAUUUGGCAACUCUCGCUACCAAAUUCAACCAUGAGAAAACUCUGCAUCCAAUGCUUAGCCUGGGAAUUUCGCGAGGAUCUGGAUAAGCCAAGGGAUGGCAGGGUUAUUGGGCGUCUUAUUAUCAACAGACUGCGUUCGAUUGUCGACAUGCCUGACUACGUCGCUGAGGACAUCCAAGCCGAUUUUGAGUCUAGCAAAUCUUGCGAUUUUCAACACAAAUACAAUAUCUCUUGGCAUGAUAAAAGAGAACGGGGCCGUUGUGACUUUCACGAACAUCGAGAUGCUCACACGAAAUGUAAGGGGGUGAAUACUAGCGUUGAUACCGCUGAGAUUUUAGAUAUGGCUGGUUUUCUCAUCAAAAAGCCCAAAGUUAAUCAGGAUUGGACCGAUGGGGGGAGGAAAUCAUUAGUAUCAUUCAGGACUUUGGAAUUCUACGACCGUUUCUUAUCACAAGAGUGACAAGUACAGUAAAAGUAGGAAGGUCGGAAUGAUGUGCAUCUCGAUUGCACAUUGGGAGGGAGUUGCGGGAAGAGCCCACUAAGUGACUUUGAGGUCUGGACAAAUGCCAAUAAUGUACACA